GAUGCGAGUGCAUGAAUGCGGCGGCUCCCGCACGUUCCCGUCACGCACCGUGAGCGCGAGCGCUGCUGCUGGAGUCGGUGUGUCACGAGCGUGGACGUUACAGAGGGGAGUCGUCAUGAAUUACCUGCGCAGGCGUCUGUCCGACAGCAGUUUUGUAGCCAAUCUGCCCAACGGCUACAUGAUGGACCUGCAGCGUCCGUCCAGCUCCAGCUCCAGCAGCUCUCCAGCGUCUCCAGCCACAGAGCGCCGCCCGACCCCUGCUUCGGCUCCGGCUCCGGCUCCGGCUUCGGCUCCGGCUCCGACUUCGGCUCCAGCUCCGGCUCCAGCUCCGGCCCCGGCCCCCGGGGGCUUCCUCAGCUCCUUCUCCAGCGUGGUGAAGACGGCUCAGAUCGCCAGCGCUGUCCAUGCCAAAGCCUCCGCCGCACACACAGACGCCGCUAAACCCAGCGCACGCAAACCUAAAGUCCUGCUGGUCAUCGACGAGCCGCACACAGACUGGGUGAAGUACUUCAGAGGACGGAAGCUGAACGGAGAGUAUGAGAUCCGCGUUGAGCAGGCCGAGUUCUCGGAGAUCAAUCUGGUGUCGGAUGUGAACUCCGGCUGUACGGUGGACAUGCAGGUGAACCGCGGAGGAACUAAAGUAGUCAGAUCGUUCAGGCCAGACUUCGUGUUGAUCCGUCAGCACGCCUACAGCAUGACCCCGGGAGAGGACUUCAGGAACCUGGUGAUCGGCUUGAACUACGGCUCCGUUCCCAGCGUUAACUCGCUCUUCUCCAUCUACAACUUCUGCAGCAAACCCUGGGUGUUCUCUCACAUGAUCAAGCUCUACCAGACUCUGGGUCCAGACAAGUUCCCGCUCAACGAGCAAACCUUCUUCCCCAACCACACACAGAUGCUGCCCACCGCUUCAUUCCCAGUGGUGGUGAAGAUGGGACACGCCUACGCCGGCAUGGGCAAGAUAAAGGUGGAGACGGCCAGUGAUUUCCAGGACAUCACCAGUGUAGUGGCCAUCGCUAAAACCUACGCCACGGCCGAGCCCUUCGUCCUCUCCAAAUACGACAUCCGCAUCCAGAAGAUCGGCAGCAACUACAAGGCCUACAUGAGGACGUCUAUCUCAGGGAACUGGAAGGCCAACACAGGUUCAGCCAUGCUGGAGCAGAUCGCCAUGACGGACAGGUAUCGUCUCUGGGUGGACUCGUGCGCGGAGAUGUUCGGAGGACUGGACAUCUGUGCGGUCAAAGCCGUCCAUGGCAAAGACGGCAAGGACUACAUCAUAGAGGUGAUGGACAGCUCGAUGCCUCUGAUCGGAGAGCACGUGGAGGAGGACCGUCAGCUCAUCUGUGAUCUGGUCAUCAGUAAGAUGGCCUUUGCUUUGCUGGGAGUGACCACACCACAAACAUCCGUGAAGACUCAACCUGCACCGCAGACGACUCAACCGAGACGAGCUCCAGGUGGUCCUCACUCAGGCUCUGGUUCUCCGUCUCAGUCGGGUCAGGCGUCUCCGCAGCGAGCCCGAUCUGCUUCUACUUCUCCCAGUCAGGCCUUCCAGCCCGGACCCAUUCCCUCCAGCGGAGCCGGAUCCCAGAAACAACCUCCGCAGCUCAAUAAAUCACAGUCACUGACCAACACCUUCAGUGAGACGCUGCGUGGAAACACAACAGACGACGAGGCCAAAGCAGAAACCAUCCGCAGCCUCCGCCAGUCCUUCGCCAGCCUGUUCUCCGACUAACACACACACACUCACUAACUUACACACACACACACUCACACACACACACACACACACACACACUCACACACACACACACACACACACUCACUAACUUACACACACACACUCACACACACACACACACACUCACUAACUUACACACACACUCACACACACACUCACACACACACGCACACCAACACACACUCACUAACACACACACACACACACUCACUCACUAACUUACACACACACACACACACUCACUCACUAACUUACACACACACUCACACACACACACACACACACUCACUAACACACACACACACACACACUAACACACACUCACUCACUCACUAACACACACACACACACACACACACUUACACACACGCACACUUACACACACUCACUCACUCACACACACACACACUAACACACACACACACACACACUAACACACACUCAAACACACUCACACACACACACACACACACACACACACACUCACUAACACACACACACACUAACACACACUCACUCACUCACUAACACACACACACACACACACACACUAACACACACGCACAUUAACACACAAUCACUUACUCACACACCCACACACACGCACACACACGCACACUUACACACACUCUCUCACACACACACACACACACUGAGACACACUCACACCCACACACACACACACACACACACACACACUCUCUCACACACACACACACACACACUCACACACACACUCACACACACACACACACACACACACACAUCUGUACUAAUCCUCCGUCAGAGAAACACACAGUCGUCAUCAGUCCUUCAUCUCUUCUUCUGUUUUAAUGGCAGAUGUUUAAUCAUCACAAACCAGCGGCUCUCAGCUAACUCUAACUCUCCUUUAUUUCUACAGCGUUUUAUACAAAACAGACUGUUUCAAAUCAGCUUCAUAAAGAGCUAAUUAACAGGUUCAGCGAUGCAAACUUCAUAUGAACUUAUAAAGCAUACAGCAUAUAAUAAAAAAUAAAGAACUGCUUAAAAAUAAUAAAAUGAACACAUAAACAAAGCAUGCAAACGUCUCUACUAUAAUGAAGACAACAGUGUCAUUAUUCAGAUCAGUUCAGUGUCAGUGUUGCAAUAAUAAGCUCUUAAAAAUCAUUCAAAAAGACCAAAAAUAAAGAUGAAAACUAACAUUGUUAUUAUUUUUUAUUAUUAUUUUCUUCAACAACAAUCAUUUUUAUUUUGUGAGGGGAUUUUAAAAGUUUAACGAAAUCCAAAUAAUUCACGCAUUUUUAUGUAAUGAAAACGUGUUUAAAAAAUAACAGAAAUGCAUGACUGAGUGGAAAUUUUCAUUCGUGAGUUAUUUUAAAACUUUAUUCCAUUAUCACAAAACAAGUGGAAGAACCGUAUAAUUUAUUAUUAAACCAUAAUGAACAUCCAGUUAUUGAGACGUAUGAAAUUAUUAUUUAAAUUAUUUAUUUUAUUUAAUCAUUUGGAUAUAAUCUUAAUACAAUUAUUUAUAUAAUUUAUUUAAUUAUUUUCUUGAAUUAUUUUAAUAUAUUGACAGGACAAGCUUCUGUAAAUUAAAGCCUUGAAUUAGUUUUUUUUUUGUCGUUGCAUCAGCAGAUGUUGUGUUGGAUAGUGAAGGUGGAGAGCCGCUGUGAUGAAGUUUGACUUGUGUUUGAGUCGUGUGUCGUGAAUCAAAUGCGAGUGAAUCGGUGUGUUCUCUUCCACGUGUCUAAAGCCAUCAUCAGAUCUGAUGCAAACCAGUAUCGAGCAGCAAUAUUCCCGUGUAGGAAUAGAGCUCCGUCUUCCACCUGCCAUCAAUCUUCCCUUUAUGAAGAAUCACGAUCUGCUUCAGCUUCUGUGGGUUCUUCUACAGUCUCUCCGGCGUCUGGAGCGAUCCAAGGACCUGAGGCUUCAUUUCAUUUAAAGCAAUGCAGGAGAAGAACAUCCUGGAAUUCUCUCCCUUAUUAAGCACCCGUGCAUCACAGAAACGUCUGUUUUACAUCUAUCUGACAUCUAAAAGGAAACGUCCUAUAGACGUAUUGCAGAUGAGC